GAUUCCUCUUGUGUCCAAAUUCUAUCGGUCUUUCAAUUUUUUAUCCCACCUUGGCUUUAAAUAACUCCAAACAUCCACUCUUUAGACAGGAAACGUCGUGAUCACCGUGAAUUGUGCAGUAUCACAACGCCUGUCGGUACGGUUAUCGUUCCAACUGGACCAUGGAAAUGGCCUCACGAAAGCCGAACAUGCGCCGGAGCUGUCACUUCUGUAGGUCUCGGAAGAUUCGCUGUUCAGGAGAAAGCAUCUGCACAGCUUGUCGAGAACGAAACAUUGAAUGCGUCUAUGACCUGGAAGCAUCCAAGGGACGCCCGAGAGGGAGCAGCACCCGAUCAACAACAGGGCCAGCCUUACCUCGAUUAAUGGAUGGAGGCUACGUAUCGCCAAGCGGCUCACUCUUGAUGAGCGAUGACCUGUCUUCGAGGCCUGGCUCGCGGUCUGGUUCCCCGAAGGACUGCUUCCUUCUCGACGAUCCUCCACGAUCCGACAUGGACAUGACCAACAGCAUUGCUGCGGAGCUCGAGAUAAUGUUCAAAGAGAACUUCGGAACCGAAUGCGAUGCACCGAAGACAAAUACAUACCAAGAGAGGUUCUCUGCCUUUAACGCGAAGGUUAAAGGCACUGAACGGUCAGCAUCUACCGAGACACUCUCACCACGUUCUACACCCCUCAGCCCACUCAAUUAUCGUGGGCUGCUGUCUCUGUUGACACAGGACCUGGUAGAGACACUGGUAACCAAAUUUGGAGGUCUGGGUUGUCAGCCCUUCUUUGCUGAAGAAGGAAGGUUCUUUACCGCUGGCAUGGCUCAAGAUUGUACUCCCGCCAUGUUCCCUCCUGAGCCAACGGGCCCCAAUCCAUUGUCAGAGUACGAUAGCCAUCGUACCACUCAAUUGAUCGACGUCUGGUUUGCGAUGCAUCCCUUAUCUGUCAUGAUCUCGAAGACAUUGUUCCUCCGCGCUUAUCGGAGCAAUACGCAUGAUGAGAUACUGCUUGCAACGAUGCUAGCAGAUGCACAUUUCGCGUCAGGCGAUGAUACUUCUCGUGCUCGAGGGGAAAGACUGUUCGACUGGGCGUCAACGCGUCUUCGAGCUCGUACAGUCCAGCAAGCUGACCUUUCCACUGCUCAGGCGUUAAUGCUUCUCGGGUGGCAUCACACAUGUCUUGGAAAAGUUCGCCGUGCCAUCUGUUAUAUCGGGUACGCCGGUCGAGUGACAACGAAGCUGAAGAAUCGAUUGCUCGAGACACCGCAGAAAGGUCUCAGCAGGAUCAACGGCAUCGACGUCGGAGAAGUCGAAGAAGAGAUGAUUGGCAACAUUUGGUGGAUGACUUUCUCUCUUACCCUUUGGUCGUUUAUCCAGAUGGACAUGCCCUUUUCGGACCUUCUACCAGCAACCACCUUGAGUGUGUUCCCGCCAAUGGAUGAAACCUGGUCUGUCUUGAUCAAACUGGACAAGGCUGCCGACAACCUAUCAACUUUGCGUCAGCAGUCCGCUACUAUACGCGAAGUCUGGCUCCUUAGCCACAUCACCUCUACUGCCGGUCAUCUAUAUGCCAUAUACCCUCGAUCACAAGAAGCGAUGACGGUCCCACAAUCCGUGUCAUGGCAGGCGACGCUUGUCCAGCGACUGCGCGGCCUACACACGCGCCAGACAGGAAUCGCUACUCUUUGCGCAGACGCAAGGGAUGUUCUGCUCCACGUCGUUUCUCUCGUGAAAUCGAAAGUCGACGAUCCGCUGUCACAGGCAUUGAUGCUGACGGUUUACCACACUAUGCUCAUCCACCUUCUGUUUCCCCAUUCGUAUCAGGAACGGGCGGAGAUUGAAGUCAGUGAGACAUUGAUGGAUGACUUCACGAUGUCAGCGAAGGCCCUGCUGAGUGUAUUCCCAGUAAGAGAGGAGAUGCACAAAGUGGCCAGUCCAGUCGUCGCUGGAUCUCCCUGUCCAUUCCCUCACUCCUAUGUUCUUGGGCUAGAUGCCUGCGGACGGGCACUGGACUAUUUUUGCACACGUUUCCAGGAAGGCACCGAGGCAGAAAUCAAGAUCCUCUCUGAGAACCUGUCGGAGCUAUUGCACUUGGCACAAUCGAUGCAUGCCCUCUUCAAGAACGACGACGUCUUACUCCAAGACCGGCGGUGGAGAGCUGUCAAGAAACAAUUGAAGAGCGUCCGCAAACGCGUGGAGGAAUUCCAUCGCCCUGGCCACAGCCGUACAGCCUCUGUCGAUUCAUAUGCAACCACGACGGACGAGUCUCUUGUCCACACGUUGUCCACCGGCGCAACCAGCGCUGCAAGUCCCACCACAACACCUCUCCACGCCGGAUUUGGGUCUUCAGUCGACUUGAAUAAUCUAAGUCCACUAAUGUUUGACAAUCCAAUGAUGCCGAUGAGCGGAAGCCUUCCUCUCUCAGACGACGUGCCUUUCCUAGAGGAGGAUGUCAUGUCAGUACCGCUAAACGCGACUCUCAACGAUCCCGCACAUUCGCACGAUCUCUGGCUAGGCUUCACCAGUGGAUCGACCACCAGCGCAGCGGACCCAAGCUUCUACACCAGCGCCUUUGUUGACGACUUCAGCAGUGGCAUAAAGAGAAGAAACAUGAGCUACAGCACCGUCGACAACAGCGCUCACAUGGACGCUCUCCACAACGACCCCACGUUCGCUCCCAGUUCAGGCUCAGGAUCAGGUUUAGGCUUCGUUUUGGGACUCUUGUUUUCUCUUGUUUUGGUCUGGGUCCAGUUGAAAUUGGGAUAUGCGCACUGCAAUUCCUUUCAUCAUUAUCAUCAUCAUGAAUAUUAUGUCGUCUGUCUUUUUUCAGAAUCAUGUACUAUUCAGAGACUGAACUGGACACUGCUUUCCUAUCAUAGAUUGCAUCGCAGUUACCCAUAUAGAUUAUAUGAUAUGAAAUAGAAUAGAGAUGUUGUUCACUUUUGCAAUUAUUCCCAUUGAUAUAAUAACUAUUGAUAUAAUA